GCCCUGUCCAUUUAGUGGACCUCAUCUCCACAGUCAUUUCCUUGCUUCAGAGGCAGUGGGUAAGGGUUGCUUAGGUAAUCGACAUAAUUGUCCGUUAGCUCCUGCAGUGAUGGAUCUGAAGGACAGACGGCAACGCUCUCUUACACAGGGUCGGUGCGGAAAGGAUCUGCACUACGCCACAUCUUCUUUGGACAGUGAGAACUGCCAUAUAGUGUCACAGAAAUCAUACAGUUCCAGCAAGAUGCUGAAGGCCUAUCAACAGGAUGGACACCUGCGCUAUGGAGGAUGUGUUGCGGAGCUGGUGCAUCAGGAGACUGAAGAGUAUGUCAGACAAGGGAGCUUCGCAUUGGCUGAUCUGGGCAUGUGUGAGCCCCCUCCAUCAUCCACGGUAUAUUGUUCCGAUAUAAGCCUGCUGCAGGACAGAUAUGGUCUGAACGCCGGAUCCGACGCUGACUCGGACCCCGAGGGGGUCAUGACCCCAGAGCGUGCCGUCCAGCUGUGGAGCGGACAGCCCCUGAAGUCCCGCCGCAGCUCUUGCCUGUCCAGCCCCGACCACUCGGUUCUCACUCUCACCGACUCUGAAAACGAACACAAGACUGAUGAAGAAUCAGGUCGCCCCCUCCCUCCCACGCCUUCAUCCAGUCUGCUCCCCCCAGCCCCUCCUCCCCCUUCCGCCCCCCUGCACCAGGCCGCCACCUCCAUCAGGGAGUGUCAGAUGCCCCUUUUGGACAGCGGCUCAUCCCAUGCCAUACUGGACCCCCCUCCCGACGACGAGUUCUCCCCCAACUCCUACCUGCUCCGCGCACAGCCCCCCACCACCGGUGCGUCCAGUCAUCACAGUCAGACCUCCCUUCGACCUCCUUUGCCUCCCCCGCACAACCACCACCAGUCAUCGGCUAAUUCCCUCAAUCGCAGCAACCAGGCCAGCCGGCGGAACCCGCAGAGCCACGCACCUACUGCCGCCCCGCCAGAUGGACCCUCCACCCCUGAAUCCGUCCAGCUCCAGGACAGUUGGGCUCUUAACAGCAGUGUCCCGCUGGAGACACGGCACUUUCUUUUCAAGACACCAUCUGGGAGCACUCCUCUGUUCAGCAGCUCUUCACCAGGUUAUCCCUUGACCGGCGGUACCGUCUACUCCCCACCACCCCGGCUCUUACCCAGAAACACAUUCUCCAGGAGCUCCUUCAAGCUGAAGAAGCCCUCCAAGUACUGCAGCUGGAAAUGCGCUGCCGUGUCUGCGAUCGCAGCCGCUGUGCUGCUGGCCAUCCUGCUCUCUUAUGUCAUAGCUCUUAAUCUGCUUGGCUUGAAUUGGCGACUGAAGCCCACUGAAGGGCAUCUAGUGAACACUGGCCUCAGCAUGAGUAUUCCUGGCAUUGGCGACGUGGCAACAGUGCCCUCCGGAGGCAGAGGGCCGUGGGUGUUGAAGAACAGCAGUAUAAACAGCGGGGAGCUGGAGCUGGGUCAGCGUGUCAGUCAGGAUGUUCCUCCAGGCGUCUUCUGGAGGUCUCUGCUUCACCUGCGUCAGCCACACUUCCUCAAGUUCAACAUCUCCCUCGGCAAGGACGCGCUGUUUGGGGUCUACAUGCGGAAAGGCCUGCCUCCUUCACAUGCUCAGUAUGACUACAUGGAAAGGCUAGACGGCAAAGAGAAGUGGAGCGUUAUCGAGUCUCCUCGCGAGCGGCGCAGUAUUCAGACCGUUGUCCAGAACGAGGCGAUCUUCGUGCAGUAUCUGGACCCUGGCACCUGGCAUCUGGCCUUCUACAAUGACGGCAAAGAGAAAGAACCCGUCUCAUUCAGUACUGUGGCUCUAGACUCGGUGGAAGAGUGCCCCCAGAAUUGCCAUGGCAACGGAGAGUGCAUGUCAGGAGCAUGUCAUUGCUUCCCAGGGUUCCACGGCACGGACUGCUCCAAAGUGGCUUGUCCCGUGCUGUGCAGUGGGAACGGACAGUACAGCAAGGGUGUGUGCAUGUGCUACAGCGGCUGGAAGGGACUGGAGUGCGACGUGCCGCAGGGCCAGUGCAUCGACCCCAUCUGUGGCGGUCACGGGACCUGCACCCAGGGCAGCUGCACCUGCGAAGCAGGUUAUCGUGGCGAGUCCUGCGAGGAAGUGGAUUGUCUUGACCCCACGUGUUCAGGACAUGGCAGCUGCGUGUCCGGUCAGUGCCACUGUAAGCCAGGUUGGUCCGGGCCUCUAUGUGACAUGUCCAGAGCCCAGUGCCCAGAUCAGUGCAACGGUCACGGAGCCUACAGCCCUGACACGGGCCUCUGCAGCUGUGACCCAAACUGGAUGGGCCCCGACUGCUCCACGGAGGUGUGUUCAGCAGAUUGUGGGAGCCAUGGCGUGUGUGUCGGGGGCGUUUGCCACUGUGAGGAGGGCUGGACAGGCACAAGCUGUGACCAGAGACUGUGUAACCCACAGUGUGUGAAACAUGGGACCUGCAGGGACGGCAAGUGCCAGUGUGAACAGGGCUGGAACGGCGAACACUGCACCAUCGAUGGCUGUCCGGGGCUGUGUAAUGGGAACGGGCAAUGCAUCAUGGGUCAGAACAGCUGGCACUGUGAGUGCCACACUGGCUGGAGAGGGCCGGGCUGCAGUGUUGCCAUGGAGACCUCCUGCAAUGACAACAAGGACAAUGAAGGAGAUGGUCUGGUUGACUGCAUGGAUCCGGACUGCUGCACGCAGAGCUCUUGUGUGACCAAUCCUCUGUGUCGUGGAUCACGUGACCCACUCCAAGUCAUUCAGCAGAGCCAAUCAGAGGUCCAGAAAGUCCCUUCCUUUUAUGACAGAAUCAAGAUGCUUGUGGGAAAAGACAGCACUCACAUCAUCCCAGGAAUCAACCCGUUCAAUGCUAGCCUGGCAUCUCUGAUUCGAGGUCAGGUUUUGACCACAGACGGCACUCCUUUGGUGGGUGUCAACGUGACAUUUGUGAAGUACCCUCACUUUGGUCACACCAUGACCCGCCAGGAUGGCACUUUUGAUCUGGUGGCCAAUGGAGGAGGCUCCCUGACUUUGCGGUUUGAGCGGGCUCCGUUUCUGAGUCAGGAUCGAACCGUGUGGCUGCCCUGGAACCGUUUCUACGCCAUGGACACUGUGGUGCUACAAACGGAGGAGAAAACCAUGGCCAGAUGUGACCUGAGCGGUUUUGUCAGGCCUGAUCCUGUGGUUCUUCCCUCCCCACUGUCCUCCUUCUUCAGCUCUAACCCUUCAGAGAAACACAUCCUCCCUGAGAGCCAGGUGCUUCACGAGCAGGUGGAGAUUCCCGGCACCAGUCUUAAACUCUGCUAUUUGAGCUCCAGGACCUCAGGCUACCUCUCACUGCUCAAGGUGAUCAUGACCCCAGCUCUAGUGCCUCUCAGCCUGGCCAAAGUGCACCUGAUGGUGGCCGUAGAGGGUCAUCUCCUUCAGAAAUGGUUCCAUGCAUCUCCUAACCUGGCUUACUCUUAUAUCUGGGACAAGACUGAUGCUUACAGGCAGAGGGUCCACGGCCUGACCGAGGCUUUGGUUUCUGUGGGGUACGAGUAUGAGACGUGUCCCAGUCAGAUCCUGUGGGAGAAGAGGACAGCUGUGCUGCAGGGAUACGAGCUCAACCCCUCAAACUUGGGGGGCUGGUCUCUAGACAAACACCACAUGCUAAACGUCCGCAGCGGCAUUCUUCAUAAGGGCAGCGGCGAGAAUAUCUUCCUCUCCCAGCAGCAGCCACCCAUCAUCAACAGCAUUAUGGGUAACGGCCGAAGACGCAGCAUCUCGUGCCCCAGCUGCAGUGGGAUGGCUGAGGGCAACAAGCUGCUGGCGCCGAUGGCCGUAGCCUGUGACGGAGAAGGAAACCUGUAUGUGGGCGACCUUAACUUUGUGCGGAGAGUCUAUCCGUCCCUCAAUACCACAGCUGUACUAGAGCUCAGAAAUAAAGAUUUGAGACACAGCAACAGUCCAAGCCAUAAGUACUACUUGGCAGUGGAUCCGGUGUCGGGUUCUUUAUUCCUGUCAGACACCAACUCCCGGCAGAUCUACCGCGUUCGCUCUCUGAAUGGGGCACGACCGCUGCUGGAUAAUGCUCAGGUAGUGGCAGGGACAGGAGAGCAGUGCGUCCCGUUCGAUGAGGCUCGCUGUGGUGAUGGAGGCAAGGCAGUGGAAGCCACACUAAUGAGCCCAAGAGGGGUUGCAUUGGACAAGAACGGUCUGAUGUACUUUGUGGAUGCUACCAUGAUACGAAAAGUGGAUCAGAAUGGCAUUAUCUCCACUCUGAUAAAGACCAAUGACCUAACUGCAGUCAGGCCCCUCAGCUGUGACUCCAGCAUGGAUGUCAGCCAGGUACGUCUGGAGUGGCCUACUGACCUAGCCAUCAACCCUAUGGACAACUCUCUGUACGUGCUGGAGAAUAACGUUAUCCUGCGUAUCUCUGAGAACCACCAGGUCAGCAUUAUUGCAGGACGGCCCAUGCACUGCCAGGUCCCUGGCAUUGAUUACUCGCUCAGCAAACUAGCCAUCCAUUCUGCCUUGGAGAGCGCCACAGCCAUCGCCAUCUCCCACACAGGUGUGCUCUAUAUUGCCGAAACCGACGAGAAGCGCAUCAACCGUAUACGGCAAGUCAGCACCAGCGGUGAGAUCUCCCUGCUUGCCGGCGCUGCCUCCGAAUGCGACUGCAAGAAUGACGUCAACUGCAACUGUUUCUCAGGAGAUGAGGGAUAUGCUGCGGACGCCAACCUCAAUUGUCCCGCUUCGCUGGCUGUGUCACCAGAUGGUACCCUGUACAUCGCUGACCUGAACAAUAUCCGUGUACGUUCAGUCCGCAGCAACCGCCCCAACGCCACAGCAACCGGGCAAUAUGAAGUGGGUUCAUCUCUGGAGCAGGAGCUGUAUGUGUUUGGUCCUGACGGCCUUCACAGGCAAACGGUUAGCCUGAUUACAGGCUUGGCCCUGUAUAACUUUACCUACGGGCUGGACGGAGAAUUGGCAGCAGUUACCGAUGCCUCUAACAAUACACUUCGGGUGAGGAGGGAGGCGUCUGGCUCUAUCAGGCUUGUGCUGUUGCCAGAGAACCAGGUGGUUACAUUGGGAAUGGACCCAGCCGGCAGCCUUCGCUCAGUCUCCGCCCUCAGCCAGGAAGUGGCACAGCUCAGUUAUUACACGAACACAGAACUUUUAGCCUCCAAGUCAGAUGAGACCGGAUGGACAAACUUUUACAACUAUGACAGUGAGGGUCGUCUAACCAACGUCACAUAUCCCACUGGUGUGGUGACCAGUCUGCACCGUGAGAUGGAGGAGACCAUCAAUAUUGACAUGGAGAGCUCAAAUAGAGAUGAUGAUGUCACGGUCAUCACUAAUCUAUCGUCUGUAGAGGCGUCUUACACUGUGGUUCAAGACCAAGUGAGGAAUACCUAUCAGUUGUACCACAACGGCACACUGCGAGUGUCCUAUGCUAAUGGGAUGGGCAUCAGCUUUCACACUGAACCGCACAUUAUUGCAGGAUCAGUGAGUCCGACCAUUGGGAGACGCAACAUCACCCUACCCACUGACAGCGGACUCAACUCUAUCGAAUGGCGCAUGAGAAAAGAGCUGACCAAGGGCAAGGUCACAGUGUUUGGCAGGAAGUUGCGCGUCCACAGCAGAAACCUUCUGUCCAUUGACUAUGACCGUAACACCAGAACAGAGAAGAUCUACGAUGACCACCGCAAGUUCACUUUGCGCAUCAUCUACGAUGCCCAGGGUCGACCGGCCACCUGGCUCCCCAGCAGCAGCUUAGCUCUGGUCAAUGUGUCUUACUCACCCACCGGCCGAUUGGUGGGUUUGCAGAGAGGAAGCAUGAGCGAGAAAAGUGAGUUUGACACAUUUGGACGCAUCCUGUCUAGAACCUUUGUCGAUGGGAAAAUUUGGAGCUUCAGCUACAUGGACAAAUCCAUGGUGUUGCUCCUUCAGCAGAGUCAGAAACAGUACGUCUUUGAUUUUGACACAGCGGGCCGGCUCACGGCGGUCACUAUGCCGAGCAUGGCCAGACACACUAUGGCCACCCACGUGUCUGUUGGUUACAUUCGUAACACCUACAACCCCCCUGAGAGCAAUGCCACCAUAAUCCACGACUUCAGCGAGGAUGGGCGCCCACGCGCUACGUUCUACCUCGGAACGGGUCGGCGUGUGCUCUACAAGUACGGAAAGCUUGGAAAGCUCUCAGAGGUGCUGUAUGACGCCACUGCGGUCACCUUUGGCUACGAUGAGACGACUGGAGUGCUUAAAAUGGUCAACUUACAAAGCGGAGGCUUCUCUUGCACCAUUCGCUAUCGUAAGCUCGGCCCCCUAGUGGACAAACAGAUGUACCGCUUCUCAGAGGAAGGAAUGGUCAAUGCUCGUUUUGACUACACUUAUCAUGACAACAGCUUCAGGGUGGCCAGUAUAAAGCCAGUAAUAGGGGAAACCCCACUUCCUGUGGACCUGUACCGCUACGAUGAGAUUUCCGGUAAGGUUGAACACUUCGGCAAGUUUGGCAUCAUAUACUACGACAUCAACCAAAUCAUCACUACGGCUGUGAUGACGCUUAGUAAGCAUUUUGACGCACAUGGCCGCAUCAAGGAAGUCCAGUAUGAGAUCUUCCGCUCGUUGAUGUAUUGGAUGACGGUGCAGUAUGACAGUAUGGGCCGUGUAAUUAAACGUGAACUGAAGAUCGGUCCAUAUGCUAAUACCACACAGUACCGCUACGAAUAUGACGGUGACGGCCAGCUUGUUGGUGUCAAGGUUGACGACUGGUCCACUUGGCGCUACAGCUAUGACCUAAAUGGAAAUCUCCAUUUGCUUAACCCCGGUAACAGCGCCCGUCUGCUGCCACUACGCUACGAUCUCCGCGACCGAAUCACAAGGCUCGGCGAUAUGCAGUAUCAGCUUGAUGAGGAUGGUGUGCUUGCACAGAGGGGCUCAGACAUCUUUGAGUACAAUUCCAAAGGUCUUCUCGAGCGAGCCUACAGCCGCACAACAGGAGGUUGGAGUGUCCGUUACCGCUAUGAUGGCUUGGGUCGUCGUGUCUCCCGCAGAACUAGCGAAGGCGAGCAUCAGCAGUACUUCUAUGCCGAUUUGAACUAUCCCACUCGGGUCACCCAUGUUUACAACCACUCAAGAGCUGAAAUCACUUCCUUCUACUAUGACCUGCAGGGUCAUCUGUUUGCUAUGGAGGUCAGUGGUGGCGAGGAAUAUUACAUCGCCUCUGACAACGUAGGCACUCCACUGGCCAUCUUCAGUAGCAAUGGGCAGAUGGUCAAGCAGAUGCAGUACACGGCAUACGGAGAGAUCUACCAUGAUUCCAACCCAGAUUUCCAGCUCAUAUUGGGCUUUCAUGGAGGGCUUUAUGAUCCUCUCACAAAGCUAGUGCACUUUGCCCAGAGAGACUAUGACGUGCUGGCAGGAAGAUGGAUUGCACCUGACCAUACUUUGUGGCCGAAGAUAGGCAAAGAGCCAGCUCCGUUCAACCUGUAUAUGUUCAAGAACAAUAAUCCACUCAGUGAUAUGAUUGAUGUAAAAAACUAUGUGACAGAUGUGAAAAGUUGGCUGGUUAUGUUUGGCUUCCAGCUCAGCAACAUCAUUCCCGGGUUUCCUAGACACUCACUUUAUUUUGUUGACCCUCCUUAUGAGAUACUUGCCAGUCAGGACUCUGAUAACAUUCAGCUAUUCACUGGAGUUCAGCAUUCAGUGGACAGACACAACCAGGCCUUCAUGGUCCUUGAGGGGAGGCGGCUCAACAAACAGCGGCGCAUCAAGCGCGACAAGCCCGGCUACUGGUUUGGAACCACCACACCCAUCGUAGGCAAAGGCAUGAUGCUUGCUAUCAGGGAUGGCCACGUAUUAACAGACCUGUCCAGCUCAGCUAGCGAAGACAGUCGCAAAAUAUCACAGAUCCUCAGCAACGCCAUCUACCUGGACGGCACUCAUUACACCAUCGAUGGACGGGACUGCCACUUCUUCGUGAAGCUCGGACUAGCUGACAGCGACCUGUUGGCGCUGGGUAUCAGCAGUGGGCACAAGACACUGGAGAGCGGAAUCAACGUAACAGUCAGCGGACGCUCCCGCCGGGGCGUCACUCUAGAAAUUCACUCCGCCAAACUCACAUACAGCGUCCGGUACGGGUUGUCAGCGGAGGUUCUGGAAAAAGAGCGGAGCCGGCUGCUUGAACAAGCCCACCAGAGGGCGCUGUCCGGAGCCUGGGCUAGGGAGCAACAGCAGGUGCGCGAGGGCAGGGAAGGAGGACGCGUGUGGGCUGAAAAUGAGAAGCAGCAACUGUUAGCCAUGGGGAAGGUCGCGGGCUACGAGGGCUACUACGUGCUCCCGGUAGAGCAGUAUCCUGAACUGGCGGACAGCAGUGCUAACAUCCAGUUUCUCAAACAGAAUGAGAUGGGCAGGAGGUAACAGAGUUACAGUUGCUGAUGCCACAUCAUCUCCUACGGAGAGAAACAACAGAGCGCUGCAGAGACGUUUCCCAAAAGUGGAGAACCAACAGCCAGCAGCAAGAACACUAUGACCCAAUAUUGGAAAAAAGCACUUGUGAACAAUGAUUUUGUAGUGAUCCUUUGACUUUAUAGAAAGUGGUAAAUAUUUUUUAGUCAUUUCGGACUGGUUGUGAGUGGCGGACAUUUACGUGAUGAUAGUGUGAUGGCUCACUGCUUUGGUUUUUCAUGACCGCAUAUCAAACCAUCACAGAAAAUCACAAUCAGUUCACCGCACUGUCAUGCCGCAGUACUCAAUAAAACCUGCUCCCAUACGUGUUUGUGAAACUACACUGGAACAUAUUCAAAAGGAACGUCAGCAUCUCGACACUUUCAGUCUUGUUCCUCAUGAAUUUUCUCGGUAUACGUCAACGCAGUGUUCGGUAUUAAGAUUUUAAUCGCGCCGUGUGAGGCUGAGCUUUCUGAUUGGCCUUCGUUGGAUGUGUUAAUCAUCAGCUCACACCGUCUGUCCUCUUCUGUUUGCAAUAUAUGACAAUCACAGGGGCUGAUCCAUCGAUCGAUAAACUGUACAUGAGCCAACCGUUUUGUAUAAUAUGUAAGAGAUUAUUGAUUGUCUGGGUUUUUUAUUAUUAUUUUAUUAAUUUAAAUUCAACUUGGCAAGUGAUAACAGAUGAAAGCGUAAUAUAUAUUGUUUUUUUAAGUCUUUUAAAACUGUGAAACAUACUACACAUGUAAAAUAUUCUCAUUGACUCAACCGUUUGGGUGUAUCAAAUCAAGAACAUUUCUUCAAGGAAGUGGUUUCAUCAAUACGUUGUGUGAAAAUCCAUUGCAAGACUCAUCGCAGAGGUCGUUUUCUUUGAAUAUUAUGAAAGCUAAUGCAGCCGUUGACCUUUUUCGUGGUGUAGAAACUCUUCUGACUUUGGUAAGUCAGUGUGGAUGUGAGCUUCAACUAGCAAAGACACACUCAGACACCUGUGGAAGGAGGUUCGUCGGAAAGUCUAUGAAAAUAAAACAUUUGCAUUUGUA